UCUGGAUGUACUAAUGAAACGUAUCUGCUAAAAGUGUAUAUCACCAUCAAGUCAAAGAGUGCUAUAUCUACCUGAAUCCACUUUUUCCAGGUAAAAAGCUGUAACACAGCACUUUGCAAUGAAUAAACUGCCAAAGAAAACUGACUUCUAUGAGUUUGAACUACAAAACCGCAGAAUUUUGACACGUUACAAACAAAGAGUGCGCGAGUUGGAGAAAACGGAAAAGAUUUGCCUCAUGGCCAUAGAGCGAUGGCGUCAGCGUACAGAAAAUCAGUUGACGAACUUGAAGGUGUGUCGUUCAUCAAAUCAUGUCCUCGUUAACAGACUUUUGCGUAGAGCCAAGAGGCUGAUACUGCAAUCCUCAAUGAAUGCGGACAGUCAGUCUACGCUGCGCUUGCUACAGCCAAAGUCCCUAACCCGAGGCACAGUUAGGAAGAACCAGAGGAGUGACACAACAGGCUCGUUUAAUGUGGCCGCGGAUUUAACCCAUCGUUCCCAAGCAGAAGACCUGGAGCAGCAGAGGAAAAACUAUAAUCGAACUGGAAAUAAAUGUCUAACAGAUCAGUUACGCAUCGCUCAAAAUUUUACAAUAAUUGUGGAUCGGAAGGUCAAAGAUUUUAUUCAUAACCUACAUUAGCAGCUCAAGUCAAACUAGUCAUUCGAACAUUUUUACUACGGUCUGACGCUGCAGGGUACUCCUACCUCUUCCCCAACUAGUUAACUGGGUGAAUGUUGGCGUCAUGCAAUACUUCCAUAUAUCACGUAGUAU